CUGCGCCCGUGCAUGCGCGUGCAGCGUGAGCGCGCACAGGUUCCGAGCCUCCUCCAUAGCGCAGGCACGGAGCAAGCUGCGUCUUCGCCGUGAUUGGGCGGAGGGCGGUGAUUCCUUCUGGCACGACAAGGGUAGACCCACCGGAGGGACCCGGGUCUAGAUUUGACCGUCAGAGCGGACGUGGUUGUUGCUCCUCCCGCGAGUGAGGAGAGAAUAAAAAGCAAGAAAGGAGGGCUUCUUUGCAAAGAAGCCACCGAUCACCUUUUUGUGUGUGCUUUGGGGGCUGCGGUAAAAGUCGUUGACCAUGCCGGUGUUUCAUACCAAGACCAUCGAGAGUAUCCUGGAGCCGGUGGCCCAGCAGAUCUCUCACCUGGUCAUCAUGCACGAAGAAGGCGAGGUGGACGGGAAAGCCAUCCCGGACCUGUCCGUACCGGUGCAGGCGGUGCAGGCUGCAGUCAGCAACCUUGUGCGGGUUGGGAAGGAAACAGUUCAAACCACCGAGGACCAGGUGCUAAAGAGAGACAUGCCGCCUGCAUUCAUCAAGGUGGAGAACUCGUCUUCUAAACUGGUCCAAGCGGCUCAGAUGCUGAAGACGGACCCCUACUCUGUCCCCGCUCGGGAUUACCUCAUCGACGGAUCCCGAGGCAUUUUGUCGGGCACGUCUGACCUGCUGCUUACGUUCGAUGAGGCCGAGGUGCGUAAGAUUAUUCGCGUAUGCAAAGGUAUAAUGGAGUAUCUGACGGUAUCCGAAGUGGUGGAGACUAUGGAGGACCUCGUCACGUACACUAAAAACCUGGGACCAGGGAUGACCAAGAUGUCGAAGAUGAUCGAGGAGAGGCAGCAGGAGCUGACACACCAGGAGCACAGACAGAUGCUCAUCAACUCCAUGAGCACGGUCAAAGAGCUGCUGCCUGUCCUGAUAUCAGCGAUAAAAAUUUUCGUGGCAACCAAGAGCGGGCGCGGCGCCGGCGUGGAGGAAGCUGAGAGGAACCGCCGCUUUACUUUUGAGAAGAUGAGCGGCGAGAUAACCGAGAUCAUCCGAGUCUUACAGCUUACCACGUGGGACGAGGACGCCUGGGCCAAUAAGAAGGAUAUGGAAGCAUUGAAGAGAUCGUUGGCCUUGAUUGAAUCGAAAAUGAUCCAAGCGAAAGGUUGGCUGAAAGACCCUUAUGGACAACCAGGUGAACCGGGUGAGGUCGCAUUGCGUGUGAUUCUGGACGAGGCGGGAAAGGUGGGAGAGCUUUGUGCCGGGAAGGAGAGGAAGGAUAUUUUGGCAACACACAAAGCUCUGGGACAAAUGACUGACCAGAUUGCCGAUCUUCGAGUCAGAGGCCAGGGUCCGAGCCAGGCGUGUGUCCAACGUGCCAGCCAAUGCUCUCAGGGUUUAGACUUGUUAUUUGCCAAAGUGGACAAUGCUGCUCGAAGACUAGAAGCUCUUAUCAAUGCCAAGCAAGCCAUCGCGAGGAGACUGGAUGCCGCACAGGCCUGCUUGGCUGACCCAAACGGCGGUCUGGAAGGUGAGGAGAACAUCCGGGCGUUACUCGCAGAAGCCAAACGCAUUGCCGACCUGUGUGAAGACCCCAAAGACAGAGACGACAUCCUGCGUUCUAUCAGUGAGAUCGCAGGCCUCACCGCCAGACUUGUGGAGCUUCGCAAACAGAUUAGAGUGCAGCCUUGUGUGACCAAUGCGUGGCACAUUUUACCUGCCUGGAGGUUAUGUUGUUGCCUGUCAACUUUCGGCAGUCCUCCAAGGAUAAGAGGUAAAGGUGACAGUCCGGAAGCUCGUGCCUUGGCAAAGCAAAUCGGGGCGGCCCUGCUGACCCUGCAGGCCAAGACCAACCGAGCUGUGGCCAACAUGAGGCCCGCCAAGCCUGCAGUUACUCUGGAGGGCAAAAUGGAGCAAGCACUGCGUUGGGUCGCUAAUCCUGGAGUGGAUGACCGAGGUGUAGAGUGUGAGAGACUAGAGUGGAACACAGGUCAGGCGGCUAUCAGAGGGAUGGUUGGAGAAGGCAGGAGACUGGCAGGAGGCCUCUUGGGGCCAUACCGCCAGGACAUGAUGGGACGCUGCGAUAGAACAGAGGCUCUCAUGACAUCCUUGGCUGACAUGGCUGGCAGGGGAGAAGCCGAGGCCCCCCACGCUCGAGCGACCGCCGCACAGCUACAUGACAGCCUUAAGGAUCUGCGGCACAAAAUGCAGGAGGUGAUGACCCAGGAAGUAUCUGAUGUCUUCAGUGACACCACAACGCCUAUCAAAUUGCUGGCCGUGUCCGCAACCGCACCCCCGGAUGCCCCCAACAGAGACGAGGUUUUUGAGGAGCGCGCUGGGAAUUUUGAGGCCCAUGCAGGUCGUCUGGGGGCUACAGCUGAGAAGGCAGCUGCUGUGGGAACGGCCAAUAAGAGCACGGUGGAGGGGAUCCACGCAGCGGUCAAACAUGCACGUGAGCUCACGCCGCAGGUAACUUCUGCUGCUCGGAUCUUGUUGAAGAAUCCUGGGAAUAAAGCGGCGUACGAGCACUUUGACACCAUGAAGAACCAGUGGAUUGACAAUGUAGAGAAACUCACAGGUCUCGUUGAUGAAGCCAUAGAUACCAAGUCAUUGCUGGACGCAUCCGAGGAAGCCAUCAAGAAAGACAUCGACAAGUGCCGAGUUGCCAUGGCGAAUGUUCAGCCCCAAAUGCUUGUUGCCGGGGCGACGAGCAUCGCGCGGCGAGCCAAUCGUGUUCUGUUGGUGGCCAAGAGGGAAGUGGAGAAUUCGGAGGAUCCGCGCUUCAGGGACUUGGUGAAACACGCGUCAGAUGUCCUGUCUCACACCAUCUCCCCCAUGGUCAUGGAUGCCAAGGCGGUGGCUGGCAACAUUCAAGAUAAAGGGCUGCAGAAGGCCUAUUUGGACUCCUGUCUAAAGAUCCUGGCCGCUGUGGGAAAAGUCAGAGAGGCCUUCCAACCUCAGGAGCUGGAUUUCCCCCCUCCGCCGCCUGACCUAGAUCAGCUCCAAGUGAGUGAUGAGCAGGCUCCACCCAAGCCGCCCCUGCCAGAGGGCGAGGUGCCGCCCCCGCGUCCUCCUCCUCCCGAGGAAAAGGAUGAAGAGUUCCCGGAGCAGAAGGCUGGAGAGGUUGUGAGUGAGCCCAUGAUGGUGGCCGCCAAACAGCUGCACGACGAGGCCCGCAAGUGGUCCAGCAAGGAGGCAGUAGAGGUAGACGAUGAAGAUGAGUUCACUGAUGGUGAGGAUGACUAUGAGCCCGAGCUGCUGCUGAUGCCCUCCAACCAGCCUGUCAAUCAACCCAUGCUGGCGGCCGCCCAGGCUCUGCACCAGGAGGCGCGCAAGUGGUCUAGCAAGGGCAACGACAUCAUCGCGGCCGCCAAACGCAUGGCUCUGCUGAUGGCCGAGAUGUCCCGGCUGGUGCGCGGCGGCAGCGGUAACAAGCGAGCGUUGAUCCAAUGCGCCAAGGACAUCGCCAAGGCAUCGGACGAGGUGACGAGACUCGCCAAGGAAGUGGCCAAGCAGUGCACGGAUAGACGCAUCAGGACCAACCUGCUGCAGGUGUGUGAGCGGAUCCCCACCAUCAGUACUCAGUUGAAGAUCCUCUCCACCGUGAAAGCAACUAUGUUGGGUAGAACAAACAUUAGCGAAGAGGAGUCCGAGCAGGCCACAGAGAUGCUGGUCCACAACGCCCAGAACCUGAUGCAGUCCGUAAAGGAGACUGUGCGGGAAGCUGAGGCGGCCUCCAUCAAGAUCCGCACGGAUGCAGGAUUCACCCUCCGCUGGGUACGCAAAACCCCCUGGUACCAAUAAAGGCAGCAAUGACUUUGUGAACAGCAGCACACAAAAAGAAUGAAGUAGCAACAUAGAUGAUUCUCCAUCAUCCACUGUAGAUGUGCUUCAUUUAAAGCUCUUCCUGUCUGUUUUUAAGUGGACACGAAGGAAGCGUUUUUAUUAAUAUAUAUUUUUGGUAUGUUGAUUGCAGGUAGCAAUAUAUUUUUUGCAUAAAGAUGUUUUCUAUUUUCUAAAAGGCAACUUGAGACAUUAUGAUAGGACUUUUGUGUUUAACAGAGAUUUGUGUUUUGUGUGUAUAGUCACCUAUGAGAGAUCCUCACCAACUUUAAAAGGCUUAAGGACGGCACUCUCCUCCGCUCAUGUUUACUUUGAAUAAUUAACGCUGCUGAUUGAGUGUCGAUUUGAAGGUAUGACAUCUUCGCCUACAAUUCGCUUGUACUUGAACUACAUGAAGUCUUCUGGAUUGGAAAUGGUUGGCGAUGAAAUGUUUUAGUUCAUGAUUGAGUGAUUGCCGAAGUAACAAAUUAUUUGCUUAGCAUUAGCUGAGUGCAUGACAACUCAUUAUUAUUAAUAGGGAUGGGCAUAAUGAUCAAAUUUACUGGUAAUUAGCCAUUUUAAUUGAUGUAAAUUGGAGUGCAAGACUGUCUCAGGGUCAAUUUGCUGUUCAAAGAAAAACAUUGACGACUACACAGGUCUAUGAAAAGUUAAGAUCAUUCAGAUUGUUGAAACAUAUUCAAAUUAAAAUUAUGUUCAUAGCCAAUCAAAUGUCCAUCCCUAUUUAAACUGUGAAAUUUUUAUGGCUGCUUGUUUUUUUAUUUAUUUAAUUUUAAAGCCAAAUAAUGCAUUGGAAAUUACUCAACUACAUUUUAAAUCUAUAACGCUUCAACAGCCCAUUACCACCAUCAUACAUUUUAUUCUGUCAUAUUUCACAUAUUUUUUUAGCAAUAUAUAUAACAUUUACUUUCCUGUAUGUCCUAUCUCCUUAACAGUUGAACUGUUCAAGGGGGGGGGUCAUCGUGUAUUUGGAGUGGUGGCGUCACAAAUUAACCAAAUUACAUGCAACCGCAAGCGCUUGUUUCACUUUCAUUUUAUGGUUUAUAUCAACUUUUGUAUGAUUGCUGGGCAAAUAUAACUUCUAAAUGGAGAAUCAGUGUGUGUGUGCACACGUGAGGAGAAACAAGCACGGCAUUAAAGGGACUUGAAUGUAGUGAGCAUGUAGCAGCCGCUUGCUGAGAGCGACAGUGUGUUAUGUACAUUACAGUAUGUACAUGUGUACAUGUGUGAUGUGUCUCAUGCACCCUGAAUGUAUCCCGAGAGCUCUUGGCCAUGCAAACACAUGCGCUGUUUGUGCCUUGGAAGAAUAAAAAGACUGAUUAUGAAUGAC